GAACUUGAUAAAGGUUUGCCAAAAAAACAAUCAGUUGAGAUUAAACGAUGGCAAUCUGAGAAUGGUUGGAAGGAUGGUUUCAAUUUCACUGAACCAAAAGAAAGGCAAAAAGUGCUAACAGCAUUGGUCAAAAUUUGGCAAAAACUUUUGUAA